ACACAAGUAUAGAACAAAGAAAUAUCGUUUGUACAAUUAAAGGGGAACAAGGAAAUAGUGAUAAAGGCAAUGAUCCUGUAGAAGAAAGGAAUAAUUCUGCGUACGAUUCAGGCAGAGGAAGCGAUGGUAAUGAAGUGCCUAAAAUAAAACACCAGAAACAGCGAGUUAAAAUUAAUGUUGGAGGUCAAAUUCAUGAAACGUAUAAGACUACUUUGAAGAAUAUCCCCGAUACAAGGCUUUCCUGGAUAACUGAGACUACAGCACAGGUUGACUUCGAUCCUGAAAAUGAAGAGUAUUUCUUUGACAGACACCCUGCAGUGUUUGCUGCAGUAUUGAACUAUUUCCGUACAGGGAAACUUCAUGCUCCGUUGGAUGUAUGCGGACCGCUUUACGAGGAGGAACUUAGUUACUGGGGCAUUGAUGAUCAACAAGUUGAAUCGUGCUGUUGGUUAACAUACCGCCAGCAUAGAGAUGCUCAAGAGACUCUCAAAGGGUUUGAAGGGGUCGAAUUUCAAAUUGAUUUUGAAGAUGAUGAUCCGUUUAUGAUCGAAGAGGAAAUGAAUGAAAGGAUUGGGUGUUGGGAAAGAUGGCAACCGAAAGUUUGGUCCCUUAUGGAUGAUCCGCAAUCAUCAAAACUCGCCAAG